GGCCGGUGAUUUUGUUGGAGUCAGUUCUUCCGCGGGGCGGAAAAAGGCAUGUCUGCUAGUAUCUCAACCAUUUCCAGUCCUCUUUCCUCACAGGACCCUAUGAGUAAGCUGUGGCGGCGCGGGAGCACCUCUGGAGCGAUGGAGGCCCCGGAGCCGGGGGAAGCGCUCGAGUUGAGCCUGGCAGGUGCCCACGGCCACGGAGUGCACAAGAAAAAGCACAAGAAACACAAAAAGAAACAUAAGAAGAAACAUCAUCAAGAUGAGGAGGCCGGGCCGACACAGCAGACUCCUGCCAAGCCCCAACUUAAACUUAAAAUCAAGCUGGGUGGGCAGGUCCUGGGCACCAAGAGUGUCCCUACCUUCACUGUGAUCCCGGAGGGGCCUCGCUCCCCCUCUCCACUGAUGGUUGUGGAUAAUGAAGAGGAGCCUAUGGAAGGAGUCCCCCUGGAGCAGUACCGAGCCUGGCUGGAUGAAGACAGUAAUCUGUCACCCUCCCCACUUCGGGAUCUGUCAGGGGGUCUGGGUGGCCAGGAGGAAGAGGAAGAACAGAGGUGGCUAGAUGCCCUGGAGAAAGGGGAGCUGGAUGACAAUGGAGACCUCAAGAAAGAGAUCAAUGAGCGACUGCUUACUGCUCGGCAGCGAGCUCUGCUGCAGAAGGCACGGAGUCAACCUUCCCCCGUAUUGCCUCUGCCUGUGGCUGGGGGCAGCCCGGCCCCGGCUCUCACGGAGGAAAUGCUGCUGAAGCGAGAGGAACGGGCGCGCAAGAGGCGGCUGCAGGCUGCGAGGCGGGCGGAAGAGCAUAAGAACCAAACCAUCGAGCGCCUCACCAAGACUGCGGCGCCCAGUGGGCGCGGGGCUCGGGGAGGUGCGCGGGGCGAGAGGCGCGGAGGGCGGGCUGCGGCCCCAGCCCCGGCCCCUAUGGUGCGCUAUUGCAGUGGGGCUCAGGGAUCGACCCUGUCGUUCCCACCUGGCAUCCCAUCCCCCGCCGCGCUGUCGCAGAGGCCUGCCCCGUCAAGCCCUCCUCCGCGCUGCUCUGUCCCCGGCUGCCCUCACCCGCGCCGCUACGCCUGCUCCCGCACGGGCCAAGCACUCUGCAGUCUUCAGUGCUACCGCAUCAACCUGCAGAUGCGGCUCGGGGGUCCUGGCUCCCCCCUUUUGGCUACCUAAGGCUCCUGCAGAACCCGGACUUUGCACCCUCUCCGAUGCGGGGUUUUCAGUGUCUUCCCCCGCCCUAUUAAAUGUCAUCCGGUGCUUCAGCUUGUACAGAAUUGGGGGAGUGGGAUGUGAGUGAACCACCCUGUUAGGCACAGCCGGCCCAGCUUGGAGCUCGGAAUCCCCUGCGAGAGAAGCCCAGUGGAUCAGUGCCUGGACUCCUGUGCUGGGGGGAUUACCUGUGGUGCUCCGGAAUUUGGAGCCAAUCGGCGGGAACUUUGCUCUUCUGGAUGACCAUUCAUUGGUUGAUAAGUCAAAGCCCGUUUUUCGUCCUUAUUGGUCACUGUUGCUGUCACUCAGAGUCUGGAUCAAACAUUCCCCCAUUCUUUGUCUG